AUGGCACCCGCACCAAUGGCGCCUGGUCCAGAACCUACCCAGGUCAACCCUACAGGCCCUCACCCAUCGUUCAUUCAAGUCGCCAAACCAUAUAUGUUCCAGCAACAUGUCAAUACCAAACUCAUGACCAUUGGGGCAAAUCCUACGCGUGAAGAUCAGUUUAGGUUACAGGGGGUGACUUGGAUUAAUGACGUUAGAGUUGCUUUACAGUUACCAGUGCGAACUUUUUGUACUGCUGCCACUUAUUUCCAUCGAUUUCGGCUUGUUCACAAAGAUACUGAAUAUCAAUACCAAGAUGCAGCCGCUGCUGCACUUUUAACGGCUUGCAAGAUUGAAGAUACCCUUAAGAAGUCCAAGGAUAUUAUUUGCGCCGCACACAACUUAAAACAUUCAGCUGCAGAGCACUUAAGCUCCGACGAUACUAUCUUUGAGGCUCCUUCUAAGGUUGUCAUUGGCCUUGAACGUCUUAUGCUCGAAGCAUCUAGCUUCGACUUUCGUGUUCGUUACCCACAAAAACACCUCAUUAAACUUGUCAAGAACGGUGGAAUUCAACGUGAUGUUGCAGAAGUCGCCUAUCAAGUCAUGUUAGAUCUCUACCGAACAUUUGCUCCCCUCAAGCAAACCUGUUCUACCAUGUCCUUUGCUUGUGUUGAACUAGCGACAUUAAUUUGUGAGAAGCAGAAGGGUUGGAGAGGCCCAAGCUAUAAAAAGUGGUGGACUAGUCGAUCGGAAAUUGUGGAAACGAUGUUAGAUUUGUUAGAUCUUUACACACAUUAUCAGAAGCAGUCGAUCGUUGGUCCUUUGCACAACAUCGAGAAAUUUAUUGGUAUCCGGAUUAAGAUCAAUCAAGAGUUGGAAGAGAAGAGAUUACCAAGACAUACCGAACAUCACGAAGCACCACGAAACAAUGGCGUGCGACAUGCACCCAAUACUCCUGUUACACCAGCCAGCCCAGCAGACUUACGAUUUAAUGGUCAUGUUGCAUCACCGGCAAAUCUGAGCCCCAAAUCGGUAAGUUCAGGUUCGAAACCGCCCACGGGUAUUCGUGGUCAAAGUGGCACGGUACGUUAUAUGUUGGAUGUGGUUAAAGCCAAGAAUGAGAGAGAUACAGUCGAUACAUACUUUCGGGAUGAAUAUGAGGGUUAUGAAGUGGAAGUGGAAGAGACGCUGCCGGUGGAGCCAAUACCUACCCAUCAUACCCCGAGAGAACCGCAUCAUGGACGACAUCAUGGGGGGCAUGGACACGGACAUGGCCAUGGACAUGGACGAGAUUAUCGACACUUUAACAAACGGAUGCGAAGAUGA